GUUGUUAUCAGAAGCACCAAAUAAUGUAUUUCGUGAUGAUGGUGUCCUUUGUGGUUUAUUACCGGGAUUGACAAGGCGACAAAGUGAUUUGUGUUUGCGACAUCGUACAGCAAUACGUUAUGUUGUAAAAGGUUUGAAAGCUGCUAUAUAUGAAUGCCGAAAUCAAUUUCAUGAUCAACGAUGGAAUUGCUCAGCAAGUCGAAACGGUUUCGCUAUUUCUCAUCUGAAAGUUGGAAGCAAAGAAUCAGCUUACGUAUUCGCCAUAUCAUCUGCUGCAGUAAGUCGAGCAUUGGCACGAGCAUGUGCGCAAGGAACGAUUGCAAGUUGUAGUUGUGGCAUACAUCCGAAACGUAUCACAAAACAAUUCAAAUGGGCUGGUUGCUCUGAUAAUAUUAAAUUUGCAAAUAAUUUUGGACGGAAAUUUAUGGAUGCAGCUGAUUCAGCACAUAUUAAUGAUGCUCGGUUUGUUUCC